UCUCGCUCAUCUUUACUAGUCACAUUCUGCAACGGUUCAUAUACCACUUAAAAAUCUUAAAACAAUGUCUUUUUCUGAGGACCAGUUUGGACGAAAAUUGGAUCGUUGUGUAACAGACUCAAUAAUAAAAGGAUGUGGAGGACUCGUCAUUGGAUCCGUGGCUUCAUUGCUUUUCUUUAAAAGACGUGUGUGGCCGGCUUGGCUUGGACUUGGUUUUGGCGUAGGAGUAGCAUAUAGAACAUGUGAAAAAGACUUAAAUUCAUUAAAAUAAGUUGAUUUGAUGAAGUUUCGUUGUGUAAAAUAAAAAUAUAUAAACAAAAUAUCCCUUA